ACGCGUUCUUCAUGGACGCACUCGGCUACCUGUUCGAAGCGCUGAUCAGCGGGAAGCAUUGGACCAUCGCCCUCGUGUUCUCCCUGUGCGUAGUUGCUGCUGGGUUGGCCAUACAGAACAUGCUUAUUGGUGUGCUUUGCGAGGUCGUCAGCAGCGUGGGCAUCGAGGAGAGGUCGAACUUGAAGAGACAGGAGGUCGAGGAGAAACUCAACGUCGCUGUGGUGAGGAUGGGCUGCACGGACGGAAUGGUGACGAAAGAGAAUUUCAUGCGGAUAUUCGACUGCAGCAACGACGAGCACAGCAUCGCGCAGUUAUUUGGUGACGUCGGGGUCGACCUCAUCGGCCUUCUCGACUUCUCUGAUUUCAUAUUCCACGACGAGCUCCUCGACGAG